AUGGCUAAUUUCACCAUGAGUGGGUUUCUUCUGAUGGGAUUUUCUGCCAAGCCUGAGCUAGAACUCGUCCAUGCUUCUCUGUUCUUAGUCUUAUACCUGGUGGCUUUAACUGGCAACAUCCUCAUUAUCACUGCGACUUCCAUUGAUAAUAGCCUCCACUCAGCCAUGUAUUUCUUCCUGAAACAUCUCUCCUUCCUGGACCUGUGCUACAUUUCCGUGACUGUGCCAAGGGCCAUUUACACCUCUUUCAUGCGUAGCGGUUACAUUUCCCUCGGGGAGUGCAUGGUGCAGUGUUUUGCUUUUACUCUCUGUGCUGAGGCUGAGCUGUCCAUGCUCACAGUGAUGUCGUAUGACCGCUACGUGGCCAUCUGCCUUCCACUGCACUAUGAAAUCAUCAUGGAUGUCCACAAGUGUGCUCUCGGGGUCCUAGGUGUCUGGGUCAGCGGGGUCAUUUCUGGAACUAUGCACACAGCGGCCAUUUUCUCCAUGCACUUCUGUGGCUCCCAUGUCAUUCACCAGUUCUUCUGUGACAUCCCCCAGCUCCUGAAACUCUCUUGUUCGAAUGAGUAUAUCAGAGAUAUUGGAGUCAGUUCCUUCCUAUCUUUUAUGGCCUUUCUUUGUGUCGUCUUUAUUGGACACUCCUAUAUCCAGAUCUUCUCUACUGUGCUGAGGAUGCCGUCUGCUGAGGGCAGAGCUAAGGCCUUUUCCACUUGCCUUCCCCACCUCGCUGUGGUAAUUUUAUUCAUUUCAACCAGCAUCUUUGAGUUUCUCAAGCCACCUUCUGACUCUCCCAGUGCACUGGACAUUUUGCUGACUAUUAUGUACACAGUUGUGCCCCCAACACUCAACCCAAUGAUCUACAGCCUGAGAAAUCAAGCUAUGAAGACAGCUUUAAGGAAGUUUUUCCAAAGAAGAUAA